AUGAUGUUGUACACCGCGCUUGAUGUUGCAUCUCAUCCUGACACCAGACAACUUGCUGGUUACCUGAGCUUGUUACAGAUCUACGAGCACUUCCCUAAAAAAAGUGAGCGUAAGAUCCAGCAUGUUGCGGCUUCUGACCCAUGCGCGAAGAGGUGGAAGGCCAAACAGGCCAUUCCAGGAGGGUUGAUAGAGUACAAAAGGAGGAUAGAUGCUCUGACCUUGGAUGAUGUCAUCUGGACACCGUAUACAGCUCACUGCCCUCAUCGUCCUUUUGAGGCUCAUGCUGGUGGCAUUGAUCAAUGGUUUCAGAGUCACAUCAUCAACUCCCCCCAUGAGAUCAUUGAUAUAGCCAUUAAGGUUCAGGAGCCUGGGCAGUGCGAGGAUGGAUACUUGGAGUGGUUCCACAGUAUGUCACACCCUAGGGUCAUACCACAUGCCACAUCAUCUGAUGUUCCAGAGUCUUCAGCUACCAGGAAUUCAUCCGAUCCACCACCACUAUCUCCACCUCUAGCAGGUGACCAGGACAGCCGCCUAAAGUACAUCACCGUUCACUUAGAUAGCCUCAUGAGUUUGGUGAACCCUGAUUGUGAGGUUCAUACUAUUUUAGCUAGGUUGGCCGAUGUUUCCCGUGGAGGGCCUAUGUAG